AUGAGCUACUAUGGCAGCUACUACGGAGGCCUCGGCUACGGCUGGGGUGGCCGUGGCUAUGGCUAUGGCUCUGGCUGGGGCUGGGGCGGCCUUGGUGGCCUGGGCUGUGGCUGUGGCUACAGAAGGUAUGGCUGUGGCUGCUGGCGCCCGUGCUGCUGUGGGGGAUACGGAUACUCUGGCUUCUACUGAGAUCCUGCCCAGCAGCUCAGCAUCUGAACUCACAAGGGACUUCUUUCCACACUUGAUCUAAGUAACCG